AUGACACAAGGUAGUGCCUGUUGUGCUCGUAAAAAAGAACUAAUUAUACCUACUCCUCUUUCUUAUGACCCUCAUUAUGUAGAAAAAGAUUGGACAGAAUGGUGGCUAUCAAGAGGAUUCUUUGAUCCUUAUGAUGCAACAACAAGAAGAGCAGCAGCAGCAGCAGCAGCAACAGGAGGAGCAACAGGAGGAGCAGCAGGAGCAGCAGAAAGUACACCAGAAGAAAGGAAAAAAGCAGCAGCAACAGCAGCAAUAAAUGCAACAGAAAAUAAUAAAUUUAUUAUGGUUAUUCCUCCUCCUAAUGUAACAGGAUCCUUACAUAUAGGGCAUGCAUUAACAGUAGCUAUAGAGGAUGCAUUAACUAGAUGGAAUCGUAUGAGAGGGAAGAUCGUCCUGUGGGUACCAGGAGUAGAUCAUGCAGGUAUAGCAACCCAAUCUGUAGUAGAGAGAAUGUUAAUGAAGGAAGAAAAGAAGAAUAAAUAUGAUUUAGGGAGAGAAAAGUUUAUUGAUAAAGUUUGGCAAUGGAAACAUAAAUAUGGUAAUACUAUUGUUGAUCAAAUCAGACGAGUAGGGAGUAGUGUUUCUUGGGAUUAUUUUUCCUUUACUUUAGAUGAUAAACUUUCUGUUGCUGUUGUUGAGGCAUUUAUUGGUGUCUUGGUCAUCUCAUUUAAAGACGGCAUUAAGUGA